UAAAGCUCCUCUCCACACCCACAGUCUAUACAACAAUCUCUCUCUAGACUCACUUUCAGACCCCCUCCCCCAUCUCUCUCUCUCUCUCUCUCUCUCUCUCUGGGCCUCACAGAAAUGGCAGAAACAUAAUGCCAAUCUUUAACAUGCAAAAGAAAUUCCAUAAAAAUCCAAUCUUUAUGAGAUUUUGAUAACUUCCAUUCACAGCAAAGCACAUUCAUUGAGGGUUUUUUCCUUUCUUUCCAUGGCUGAAAACAGCAGCUUUGACUGUGGAGCAGCAGACCUUCUCUGUGAUGAGGAAACCAAAGGCUUGUGCUUUGAUGAUGGUGAUCUUGUUGAACCUUUCAGUGACCAAAGCCAUCAAACCAAUGGUGAAAAAGGCAUGAGCUUUGGCAAUGGCAGAUCAGAUUCUGAGCCGUUGAUUCUUUUGCCAUGCCUGAGUGAGGAAUGCAUUGGUUGGAUGGUUGAGAGAGAAAGGGAGCACUUGCCUGCAGAUGAUUAUCUAAAGAGACUUAGGAGUGGAGAGUUGGAUAUGAGUUUGAGAAAAGAGGCUCUUGAUUGGAUGUUUAAGGCUUGCGCUCACCACAAUUUUGGAGAAUUGUGUUUGUAUUUGGCUAUGAAUUAUAUGGAUCGAUUUCUAUCGGUGUAUAACCUGCCGGGAGGUAAAACAUGGGCCGUUCAAUUGGUAGCUGUGGCCUGCUUAUCUCUGGCAGCCAAAAUCGAUGAGGUUGAUGUGCCUUCUACUGUCGAUUUGCAGGCAGGGGAACCGAAGUUCUUGUUUGAAGGGAAAACGAUACAGAGAAUGGAGAUGUUGGUGCUGAACUACUUGAAGUGGAACAUGAAAUCUUAUACUCCAUUCAACUUCAUAGAGUAUUUCCUCAGAAAAACGAACCACGUUCGGCUCCCACCAGGGCCAUUGAUUGCUCGAUCAAUUCAAAUCAUCUUAAGCACAAUCAAAGGUAUUGACUUCUUGGAAUUCAGGCCUUCUGAGAUUGCUGCAGCUGUGGCUGUGUAUGUUUCAGGAGAAAUACAAGCAAUGGACAUUGAUAAGGCGCUGUCCAGUUCCAUGGAAGUAGAGAAGGGCCGAGUCAUGAAGUGCCUAGAACUGAUCCAAGAUCUGAUAUCAAUGAGUGAUACUACUUCAACUACUACUACUGCUACGACUGCCACUGCAAAUACGGCCACCGCCCACGUUUCAUCAUCAUCGGUGCCCGUUAGUCCAAACGGGGUGUUGGAAGCAGCAUGCUUGAGCUACAAAAGUGAUGAAAGAACAAGUUCUUCACACAACAAAAGGAGGAAAUUGGAACCAAAAACAGCUUUUGAUGGUGGUUCUUGAUUCAAGAAAAUGUGAAUUUUUUUUUUUUCACUUUUCACCACCCCUAAAAUCAGUCCAAACUAAGUCUUUGGUGAAUGGGAUCUUUGGUGUGGCUUUGAGAAGAAGAAAAACAAAGCAUGACAUGUUCGGAGAGAGAGGGAAGGAGCGAGGAAGAGAGAGAAAUGGGAGAGGUCCCAUGUCUUUUAGCAUGAAAAAACAAAUACCAUAGAGAUAGAAUGCAUGGGAGAAGACAAGCACAAGAAUUUUGAAAAAUGGCCAUUUUGUUGUGGUUGAAGAAAAGAGAGGCAUAAGGUGAAAAAUUAGAGGAGAGGAGAGGGAAACAUUUUUAUGUUUAAUUAUAAUUUUUCUUUUUUGUAUUUGUUUAUUUAAUUUAUCCCCGGCAAUAGCAUGUAAUUUCUGUUCCAAUUAAAAAUAAAAUAAAAUAAAAUAAUUCUCGAGUUUCUCUAUGUA